AUGGAGGCCUCGUGCGGCGGCGGCGGCGGCGGCGGUGGUGGCGGUGGCCUCGUCCACGUUGACUUCCCGGAGAUCACCAGCGCUUUAUUGGCCAACCUCAACCAACAACGCGUGGAAGGAAAGCUCUGCGACAUCUCCAUCCACGUCCAAGGGAGGGUUUUCCGCGCCCAUCGCGCCGUCUUGGCCGCCUCUUCGCCGUAUUUCCACGACCAGGUCCUCUUGAAGAACAUGACCUCCAUCGUUUUACCCAACGUGAUGGAUCCCGGCGCUUUCGAGACCGUUUUAGGUUCAGCCUAUACCGGACGUCUUUCUAUGGCUCCCGAAGAGAUCGUUAACUUCUUGACGGUGGGCAGCGUCCUCCAGAUGUGGCACAUCGUGGAUAAGUGCACCGAGCUCCUCAAGGAAGGCCGAGCAGCUCCGGUUCCUCACGGACCUUCUUCUUCAUCGUCUUCGUCGUCGUCAUCGUCGUCUUCUUCUUCAUCCUUACGCCCCCACUCCGGCCGCGCCAGUGAGAACCAAUCCCCCAGCAGCACCAACUACUUCAGCCCUCGCGACGCGGCCGAAGGCGCUUCCGAAGCCCUCAAAUACCCACCGCGAGGAGGAGGAGGAGGAGGAGGAGGUCCGGAUGAAACCCCCAAAGGAGAAGCGACGGCGGAUGACCUCCUGGAAGAAGGAGAAGAAAGUGGCGAGGACGGCGCCCGCCGCCCUCUCUACGUCCAACCCAGCAUCGUUCCGCACAAGCAAUGGGUUUACGUCAAACAAGAAUGGCUGCAGGAGGACCUCGUCCUCACCUGCGAGGAGGACGAAGAACCGGCGGACGGCGACGGCGGUGGCGAUGGCGCCUCCGUAUCGACGCCGCGAGCCAAGCUGGAAGACCAAGUCAACUUCUGCGAAUCUUCCGAUGGUUUCUCUUCGCCGUACGAGGCUUUGGAUGAGGCCGGAUCCUUCCCUCCUCGUUCCCUCCUCCCUCUGGACAUGCAAGGCAACCAAAUCUUGGUCUUCCCGCCUCAAGCGGCGGUGGAACACGGCGCCGUCCAAGUGGCGGCGGCGGCGGCCGACGGCAAUAAGAUCUUCAUGUGCCAUUGCGGCAAAGCCUUCUCCCACAAAAGCAUGAGGGAUCGGCACGUCAAUAUGCACCUCAACCUGCGGCCCUUCGCCUGCCCCGUCUGCAACAAGAAGUUCAAGAUGAAGCACCACCUGACGGAGCACAUGAAGACCCACACGGGCCUCAAACCCUACCAGUGCGACGCCUGCGCCAAGAAAUUCAUGUGGCGCGACAGCUUCAUGCGGCACAAAGGCCAUUGCGAGAGGCGCCAGCGUUUGGCCGCUGUCCUUCCGGCUUCGGCGGUGCCUCCUCUUCCUCCUCUUCCUCCUCACGGGAGAACCGCAACGGUCCAAAAGGAGCAAAGGGUGGGGGGAAGCGGCGGAGGAGAAGGGGAAUGUUUGGAUCCCAUCCCACCUGGGUGGAAUCACAGCCAGAUGUUUGGAUCCCAUUCCGCCUGGAAAAGUGGGUCCUGUCACGCCCAGAUGUUUUGA